CAACACAGAAGUGUCAGAGACAACUUCUGCUUUCACUGCGCUGCACUGAUUGAGACAUUAAAAAAUGUCAUAGCUCAGUGUUUCUGAUGUGACAGCUUCACACAGUUAUCCGGACUCAUUCAGAGUUGCCGCAACACAAACCUCCGCGGCGAUAUCCCGACCUCAGAGCGGCAGUUGGUGUUUUACAGAGGACAAGCACGUGGAGCCAGAUGAACCUAAAAAAUGAUUUAUUGUUGAGCACGAACAGAACACCAGAAGAAAUGUUAAUAAAGAUGCCUGCACUGUCCUGUGGAAUGGAGAGUCUAAAGUGAUGGAGAGCAGAGAGGAAAGCCCUGCAGAUGAGCGGGCCCCCACACCUCCAGAGCGAGGACUGCUCCACAUCUGGCAGUCAGCAGGCCCCACUGCACAGCAAUGUCCAGAGAGAGUGCUGUUGUCCAGGCCUGUCCUGCAGGCUGCCCUAGGAGAACACCAUGGACUUCUGCUGACACAGGGUGGACAGGUGUAUUCCUUCGGAGAGCUGUUGUGGAGGGAUCAGAGCAUCCCGGUGUCUGCUCCAGUGCUGGAAGUGUCUCUGCAGGGGAGGACAGUGGUGCAUGUUGCUGCGGGUGGUUUCCACUGUGGAGCACUGACUGAGCAGGGCAGUGUCUACAUGUGGGGGGAGAACACUGCAGGACAGUGUGGGCUGACUGAGAGGGGUACCGUCACAAACAUCACAGUUCCAGAGCCUUGCCCAGUCACUGUGGUGGACAGUGAGGUCAUUCCUCCAGCAGUUGUACGGGUUGUGGAUCUGGCUCUUGGACGGGAGCACAGCCUGGCUCUGUCGGCCCAGAAUGAGCUGUGGGCGUGGGGCAGCGGUUGCCAGCUUGGCCUGGUCACUAGCGCUUUUCCUGUGUGGAGACCACAGAAGGUGGAGCACUUGGCGGGAAGACAUGUAAUUCAGGUGGCUUGUGGUGCCUACCACAGCCUUGCUGUAGUUCGCACUUUGCCUCCACAGAAUACCCAGAAUCCUUCUGAGAAGAGGGAGCGUGGUCAGUCACCUCACUAUUCGGUGACAGAGAGGGAGGAGCCGUCUACGGUUGAUGGUGGCCAGUACUGUCCGCUGGGGGUGGAACUGACUGAAGUCAUGACUAGCGAGCAAACCUCUCCCAGAAGAAGAGGCCACAGACGAAGGUUUCACCCUGGGGGAAGGACGAAUCCUCCAACUGGGCACACUCACCCUCUCACUGAGACAGAUGGCAGCCCCAAGUCUUACCCAUUGUCAGGCUGGAGAGCCAAUAAGAACCCUGCUUUCCCUGAUGAAACGCAGCUUCAGAACCUCCUACGUAAACUCUCUAGUCACUCACUGGAGAUGCGCCACACCACCGGGCCAGGAGAUACCGACUCACUGAGCAGUUACACAUCAGAUGACAGCUGUGUUUCCUCAACUCCUUCCAUGGAUCUGUUGACUUCCAGUUACAAAGAAGAAUCGCCAAUUAAGAGUCAAACCAACAAUGGAGGGACUGUGGCGUACUCCUCCUCCCCUGUGUGCUUGGAUGAAGUUCGGCUUUGUGUGGAGGCGGAGAAGCAGACACUGCAGGGGCAGAAGAGCUCCAGUCUCACAAAUAUAAACCAGAAGGGGAAAGCAGCCACAAGCAGGAGACGCUCCCUGCCUGGAACACCCAGCCGUGGGUCUCCACGGCGACGGCGGCCUUGUGCCUGCAGGCCACCCUCUGCUGGUCGGACCCAGGUUGCAGCACCGGAGGAGGCUGGAGACGGGCUGCCAUCUCUGGAGACAGAAGUGUGGAGCUGGGGCCGCGGGUCUGAGGGACAACUGGGUCAUGGAGAUCAGCUCGCCAGACUCCAGCCUCUGUGUAUCAAGUCUUUGACAGGCGAGGAGGUGAUCAAAGUCGCCGCAGGGUCACACCAUUCACUGGCUCUCACCGCUCACUGCCAGGUGUUCUCAUGGGGCAGCAACAUGUGUGGACAGCUCGGUCAUGUCAACAGUCCUGUCACUGUACCUCAACAGGCAAAGCUCUCUGAUGGUCUUCGGGUUUGGGACGUGUCCGCCGGUCAGAGCCACUCCCUUCUCCUAGCUGAUGGAGAAUGUGUCCAGCCGGUCCUGUUGUACUGCGGCCAGCAGCAAGAGCCAACGUCAGCGCAGACUGAGAGGUCAAAACAGAGUCAAAGGUCAAGCCAGAGGUCACCCAGCAGAGCAGAGAGUUAUACAGUCAGACCCACCCUGCUGCCCUCAUGUAUAGAGAUGGGUUACAUCAGUACUGUGCGCAGCGGUGGUCAGACCUGUGUGGUGUUGGCAGACCAGAAUAUGAUGGGUUUUAUCUCGGCUAUCCAUGAGCUGGCCUCCAGAGAGAGACAGUUCUACUGCUGGUUGAGCAGCGUCAAGAAGCUUCUCCUCACACCGCUACGCAAUAGAGAGAGUGUGUCCCCGUCAUUAGGUGAGCCAUGCACUCACCUCUUCUUCUCACUCUGUGAGAGUUUUGUUCGUCUGAGCAUCCUGAUCGGUCGACACUCCACGUCACUUAGCUACCUCCUGCAUGAUGUGCAGGCCUGUGAUGUCACUUCCCUUUCCCUGCUGACGCACACUGAGCACUUUCUGGACAUUUAUAAAGAGUAUUGUUCUUCAGUAGGUAACUUCCAGGUGAUGGGUGGAUUCCAAUCACUCCAUAAACUCUCACUCGAGUGUUUAGGCUCUAAGCAGACCACGCUGGCUCAGCUGUGUGUGUCAGACCAGUCUGCCAGUGGUGAUGUUGACCUGGUGUCCUUGUUGUACUGGCCUCUGCAGCAGCUCCACCAGUACAGUCGAGUCCUGCUCAAACUGGCAGCCUGUUACGACGUGUUAACUACAGAAUAUCAGUGCCUGCAACAGGGUUGUAGUCAGUAUGACUCCCUGUCCAUGUCGCUGCUGAGGAAGAAGAAGGAGGCUGAGACAACCUUCCUCUUCUGGAAGACCCACUCUGGAAAAACUACUGAGGUCCUGCGUCUCCCGCAGCGUCGUGUGGUGUGUGAAAGCAGCAACAGAACUCUGACUCUGCAAAACGCCGGGCGGUUCUCCAACCACUGGUUCAUACUGUUCAAUGACACACUGGUGCACACGCAGGGUGCCAUUCCCUCUCAAAACCUUUUCUCCACUCAUCACGUCUACCCUCUGAGCUGUCUGUGGGUGAAACCAGUCACUGAUGACAGCAGUGGACUCUAUGCCAUCAAAAUCACAUGUCCAGAGGAGAGUUUCACUGUAGUGGCCUCGACACCACAAGAGAAGAACAAGUGGCUACGGUCUCUUAACCAGGCGGUGGAUCAGGUGCUGGGUGGUGCAGGUCAGGGGUCGUCGCCGGGGGUGACAGCAAUGUCUCGCACAGCCUCCUACUCGUUCACUGGAGAGGGUCGGUUUAAAGACGCCAAGUACACCGGGGGCUGGCUGGCAGGACGAGUUCAUGGCAGAGGCACCAUGAAGUGGCCGGAUGGACGGACCUACAGCGGAAACUUCAAGAAUGGACAGGAGGAUGGCUAAGGAGAGUGUAUAAUACCUAACAAAGCUCUGAACAAGGCAGACAGCUAUCAAGGACACUGGAGAGAUGGCAAGAUCCAUGGUUUCGGCAAGUACAAGUAUGCCAAUGGUGAGGUGUACGAGGGCUGUUUCUGUGAUGGGCAGCGGCACGGUUACGGCAUGCUCAGCUCCGGUAAGCUGGCUAAGAAGUCCUCCAGUGUUUUCAUCGGCCACUGGGUCCACGGCAGGAAGACAGGAUAUGGAGUGUGUGAUGACAUCACCAGAGGUGAGAAGUACAUGGGACUGUGGUUGGACGAGCAGCGGCAUGGCAACGCUGUGGUUGUUACCCAGUGCGGUGUGUACUUUGAAGGCUCCUUCAGAGACAACAAGAUGUGUGGUCCAGGUCUGUUGGUGUCAGAUGAUGACACGGCUUUACAUGGGGAGUUUUCUGAUGACUGGACUGUCAAUGGGAAGGGUGUUUUGUCCCUGGCUAACGGUGACUGUCUGGAGGGCUUGUUCAGUGGAGAGUGGACUGCAGGGCUGAAGGUGGUUGGAACGUACAUCAAACCAGCCGUAGAUGAGCCAGAGAACAAAGAGAGAAACAGCCUGCUCAGGACAGGUCAGUACGUGGUGCCAGCAGGUCAGAGGUGGCUCUGUGUGUUUGAUGAAUGCUGGAGUCGACUGGGCUGUGAUGCUGCUGGGAGAGGAGAGAGGACUGCAGCCUGGGACAACAUCGCUGUCACUAUAGCAACUGCACGACGGCACAGCCCAGAUCUUAGCAGGUCUCAGAGUAAAGUAUUGGAGGGUUUGGAGUUUAUUCCUCAGCAUGGAGAACCAGUGACCACUGCAAACUAUGACAACAUACGGAGAUACCUCAUCAAGGCAUGUGAGACCCCUCACCACCCUCUGGGCUGGCUGGUGGAGACUUUGGUGACAGUCUACAGGAUGACUUACGUUGGUGUGGGAUCCAACCGCAGGCUGCUCAGGCAGGCUGUCCAGGAAGUUCUGGCCUACCUCACACAUUUCUACAGCAUCGUCAGGUUUCUGUUCCCAGGGUUACCAGAAGAUGGCGGCAUCAUCCCAGACCCUCCUGCCUCUCCAUCAAAAAGCAGACGCAACUCUAACAAAGCAGAGCAAUGUGGCGUUCUGGUGGUGAGCUGCUCCUCUCUGCUCCUCCCUCAGCUGCUCCCUAGACUCUACCCUCCUCUCUUUACGCUGUACUGCCUGCAGGAGGAGCAGGAGGAGGCCCAGUACUGGGAGCGCAUCCUCCGACUCAACAAACACCCCGACCAGUCACUGCUCAGCUUUCUGGGAGUGCAGGAGAAGUUCUGGCCGCUGUGGAUGUCAAUUCUGGGGGAGAAAAAGCAGAUUGUGUCCAGCAGUAAAGACGCCUGCUUUGUUUCUGCUGUAGAGACACUCCAACAAAUCAGCACCACCUUCACUCCAUCAGACAAACUCCUCGUCAUCCAGAAAACGUUUGAGGAAUUGACCCAGGAAGUCAAACCUAUGCUGGAUGGCAGCUUCCUGUGGUGCAUGGAUGACCUGCUCCCUCUUUUUCUCUAUGUGGUGCUCAGGGCAAGGAUCAGAAACUUGGGAGCUGAGGUCAGUCUGAUAGAAGAUUUAAUGGAUCCCAACAUUCAGCACGGAGAGAUGGGACUGAUGUUUACCACACUGAAGGCCUGCUACAUCCAGAUCCAGCAGGAGUCAUCCAUGUAGGAGCGGACAGAAAGACGCCAUACAGUCAACAAACAGCAAUGAAAGCACUGCCAGGAGAGACACAGUGCUUCACACACACGAGCUGCCAGAACAAAACCAGUCAAACCAUCAGCGUCCACUGGGAAGCUGCGCUGACACAUGGAGGGAGGGGAGAGCGUUACUCCUUCACCUGCUGUCAAACAGGAAAAUGAUGUCUGACACCUGUUUACUGUUGAUCCUUUCAGUUUGUCACAGCACGCCAGAGUUCUGUCUUUUCUGUGGAGGGCAGUUUACACAGGAAAGUAUCACACCGCCCUCUUCUGGACGUGUUAGAGAACUGCAUUAUCAUCUUCGUAACAUCUGGUAAGACGUAGAUUUUCAGUUGUACAAUAAUACAUCAAUAAUUCAAUAGUAUUCAUCAGAAGUAUUUAUUGAAAGUCACAGUGGUAGAGGUGUCACAACAACAGUGCAGUUUUUAUUACUUUACAGUGUUUUUUGAUUUACAGUUUUCCCCUUAAAGGGUUAUUCAUUAGUAUAUACAGUAAUGUCGCUGUGAGGUAUCAAACUGCUCAUUACUCAAGGCAAAGGGAACUGAUGAACCACAUGAAGUCUGAUGAUGAUCAGAUUUUAAAGUGAACAGUGUUCUCAAUACUGUUUUAAUGACCUCAAAGAAAACCUUACAGGUGUGAUAUCUGUCUUUACACAUGUUUAAUUCACCAGUAAAGCUCCACCCACAGUAGAUGUACAGUUGAAAAUAUCAAAACUUAAUGAAGACUAUGGUGCAGGUACCUGCUGAUGUGCUUAUGAUCUGGUGCUGGCUUUGUAAAACUGCACUCGUAGAAUUGACAGAGUAUUGUGAGUGCCGUUUUUUUAUUACUUUUGACUGGUCCCAGGGCAACAGCAGGAGACACAGGUGGAGUUAAUACAGCAGGGUCACACUGCCUCGGUUCACCAGUACGCAGCUGAAGAGCAGCCUGGAUGAAAGGUUUUGCUUUUCUAACAAGAUACAACUUAAAAUUCACAAAGUUGGUGAGUUUUACUGUCUGUGUGAAAACAGAGCAAUCAGCUGAAGCCACUUAGCCGUGGUUUGAUAUUUCUUCCUCAGAAGCCAAACCAAAAUCACCAGGUAAGAAAGCUCAGUUUUUCAUGUAACCUUGUUCUCCUGCGAACAUAAAUGAGAUGCAAAUCGCUUUACUUUGUUUGCAUAUGGAUCAGAUAUGCACCAUUUCAGUAGCAUCCCUAAAACUAAUUUAGACCCUUUUAUAUCUUUUGAAUGCAGAAGAGUCAGUUCAAAACAUCACACUAAACAGACUGUGUGAGACUGUUAAUACAUUAUUUUUAUUUAUUGUUUUAACACUUGUACUCUCCCGUAGUACAAAAGCAACCUGUGCAUGCUCCUGCACACUGAAACUAACUGUGGAGCAGUUUGUCUCAGGUCUCAUAACUGUUAAACAGGAAGCUGAGCUGUAGGACAGAAACAUGUCACUACAGAGGGAAAAUAUUUUUUACUUUACUUAAGAUAAUUAAUGAGGGAACGCUGAUUAGCUAUGCAUCGAGAAUAUAUUCACGCCUGUAUGGAUACUCUAUUCAGUCUGUUGUUCUGUGGAGUGUGUUUGUGUGAGUGUGUGUGAGAGUGAGCAUGUAUGAACAAGUCUGAGGAGGAACGCUUUUAAUGGUGCACUGACAGUUUUUAAAUUUAGAUCAACAAACAGCCAGGAGAGUGUUUGAAGAUAGAUUAAAAUGACAGCUGUUGAGUUCAAGAUACCUUAAAGAAGAAAUAUUCCAGGAUUUAUUCUGACAUCCAUCAGUCAUGUUAGUCUCUGAGCAAGGUUUGUUUAAAACUUGUCACAGAUUGGAGUUAUAUUUGGUGGAAGGUUGACCCUGAAAAAGUGAUGACUACUUUGUGUCCAUCUGAUAUAUUUUUAAAGAUUAAUUCACAUUGCAAGAUAAGACAUUUUAAACAUUGUCACUAUUUUCUUAUGAACUACUGCACUUACUUAAAGGGACAGUUCACCCCAAAAUCAAAUGUAAAUGUUUUUCCCCUUACCUCCGUACAGUUGGCGGGUGUAGUUUGGUAAA